AUGUUCUGCAACUUCAUCGCUGGGCGCGCCUGGGUGAUCCAGUUCGAGUAUUUCCGCUGGUUGCGUUCGAGAACUUCCCUACCCAACGCCAGACCCACAACAGCUCUACUUUCACGAUUCAAGAUGACCCAAGUCUGUUUGCUGGACUCUGAUCGCUUAUCUUCGCUGUUACGAGAAGCCCUACAUUGGAGUGAAAAUGUCUCUUCCCUCAUGGUCUCUGCUCUGAACGGAUCAAUACUCGCAUAUGCCUACAGGGAUACCACGCCAUCGAUCAAAGCUAUGCGCACUCAAUCUACCACCAUGACUGCAGCUUACACGGUCGCGUCGGAGGAUGUUCUAGUGGUUGAGGCACAAAACAUGGGAGCCAUCUCUGUCAUAGCGCCUGUUGCGGAUCAUGUGCUGCUGGCUGUGACAGGGCCCGAACCGAAGCAGAAACCGUCCCUUGAGAAUGGUCCUGAGUCGUCUCAAGAGCAUGCGCAGAUGACCAACGGAAUUGAACGUCAUCCAGAAGAGGAAGAGGAGGGCGAGAGUGAUAUUCAGGACGAGGACAGAGAUACACAGAAAAUUCGGGAAGACCUCGAGGCUCUCCUGCGCAGUGCGAUUCCCCCACCACCGCGGUAUCCCAUCAACAGUGGCUUAAUCGCGACAACCCUUGAAACUGCGAAUACCCUGACCAUUCGCGAAGGGCCCGAAUACACAUUUCAGGCUGGCGAAGGCACAUAUGUUUUACGAGACGACCUACAACUCGCUACCCCUCCACCACAUCCUUCUGAAGCUCCCAUCGUCAAUCCCAAUCCCCUCGCGACCAACGUUGCUCCCCCCACCAGUGGUGUUAAAUUGUCUCUAGUAUCGCUUAGCCCGAAACAAAUCACUCCAGACCUCUACAGAACCACUACCGCGACGAGCAGUCUUUUGCGCUGGAGAACUUUGGGAUUAAACAAUUCAAAGGAAACAAAAGAGUCCAAGGAGCUCAAGGACGCAAGGGAGUUGAAAGAAAUCAAAGAAGUGGAGAAAGAGCCGAGGAUAUCAAUAGAGACGGGCAGCGAUAGUAGCAACCUUGCGACAUCACAAAAUGGAAGCAAUAAGUCGAGUACCGUGAAAGCCUUCGGUGAAGGGAAUGCUGCUCUCUCUCCCGUCAUCAGCAGAGAUGGUCUCAAGAGACGAAAACCCAAGAACAACAUUAUUAAGAGCAAUUCCUCAUUCGUCUCUCGCGUCAUUCCCCACGAAUCUCUCCCAAAGAAACUUCAGGAACGAGAUCAGCGAGGGACCUUUGCAUUUGUCAACAUCAACCGGGCUUUUCAGUGGCUGGAUCUGUCUUCAGGGUCCAAACAGGACCCAAUGACCAAAAUUCUCUUCACCAAGGCAAUGUUGGUAUCAACUAAUCGGUCGCUGCAGGCUCACAUGUUGUGUCACGAUGUCAAUAGCAUGACCAAGCAUUCGACGCACAUGGACGUUGUUAUGGGUUCUUCUGCAAGCGAUAUUAUCUGGUAUGAGCCAAUAUCGCAAAAGUAUGCACGCAUCAACAAGAAUGGGAUCAUCAACAACUCGGCCGUUUCCACGAUUAGAUGGAUACCUGGAUCGGAGAAUCUUUUCCUAGCGGCUCAUAUGGACGGAACACUCAUCGUAUACGACAAAGAGAAGGAAGAUGCACCCUUUGUCUCGGAAGAGCUGGUAGAUGAAGCGAUCAGUAUCCCAGAUGAAGAUCAGUCCACAUUGGUCAUCAGCAAAAGUGUGAACUCGUCAAAUCAAAAGGCCAAUCCAGUAGCUUGCUGGCGAAUUUCCAACCAGAACAUCACCGACUUUUCCUUUUCGCCGGACAAUAAACAUCUCGCUGUAGUCGGCGAUGAUGGUUAUCUUCGGAUAAUAGAUUAUCCUCAAGAAAGGCUGACCGAUAUAUACUCUUCUUAUUACGGCGGGUUCACAUGCGUAUGCUGGUCGCCUGAUGGCAAAUACGUGCUCACUGGAGGCCAAGACGACCUCGUCACUAUUUGGUCGCUACCCGAACGUCAGAUUAUUGCUCGAUGUCCUGGACAUGAUUCGUGGGUAACGGCUGUUGCCUUCGAUCCAUGGCGUUGCGACGAGAGAACAUAUCGUUUUGGCAGUGUGGGCGAUGACUGCAAGCUCCUCCUUUGGGAUUUUAGUGUUGGCAUGCUUCAUCGUCCGAAAGGGGCGACAGCUAGGACUAGAGGGAGCAUCUCAUCUCCCUCGAUCUCGCUCCUUCGACAACGGACGGAGAGCACAAGUAUCGUGAACCGAAUCAGAUCCGAUUCAAACCGGACUGGAAGUUUCGUCCAACCUGACACUGUCGACGAAUCCGAAUUUCUCAACCACGCUGUUGAACCCCGAGCAAGGACGGCUCAACUACCCCCCGUAAUGUCCAAGAAGAUAGAUGAUCAUCCACUGAGUGGUGUCGCAUUCGAACAGGAUUGCAUUAUCACGACGUGUAACGAAGUGGUCUGGGAGGAUCCAGAUGCCGACGGACACAAGCACACCGCAAAGAGAAGCCCAGGAUACUGCCAGACAAAGAGAAGGCGAAAUAUGACGCUGGGAAAUCAAAGAUCGGCGGGGACGAGAGCCUUGUUACGAGAACUGCCAGCGCCAGUGUUGGCCCCUUUGAGCACUAUGAAGGCCACAGCAAUCAUCAGGGCCAAAGUCAAGCCCAGGACACCGUUGGCGGCCCAGGUGGAGGAUCCAGCCCCCGUCGUGAGACAGAUAGACGGUGAAGAGAGAAGACUCGAGGACGGCAGUAUGGCCAACGCCAAUGGACGAGGGAGAUCCGAUACGACCAACACAACAUCCUCUCUCUGGACGACGGCGUCGUCGUCAAGCUCGAUACCUGCCAUUACACUCACUGAAAGCAGCUAUCCGUAUCCUCGGCACGACGACAUCGAAGAAGCUGCAAGUUUCCCCAUCGAAGCACCCAUCGAAGCCGAAGUUGUUACAGCAAAUGCAUCAUUGCCAGGCACAGGCUCAAGCCUAGGUUCUACCGCUAACGGGGCCUCGGCGUCAUCGGUCUCAUUCGCGGGAGCCUUACCUAGAAGGGGCCCUAGAAAGUCUCAUCAGCCCACAGACUCUGCAUCAGGAUCGGCAUCUUCAGCAUCAGCAUCAUCAGCGGCGCCCCUAGCACCACCACCGCCACUGCCGCUAUCGACUGGCGGCGAGAGAACAGCCGGAGUGGACCCUCAUCAGAGAGACCCGCGCCUGAUAACACAGAUUAGGCCGCUCCUUCGUCUAAACCGCAAGCAUUCUCCCGAAUGCUCCUCCGGCCGCCAUGAGCCAGUCUCGCGCACUCCCUUGAACCAGCGUCCUUCGAGUUCUCCUGCGUCUUCUUUAGCCAAUCGUCAUCUCCACGGUCUGGCACCUUCCAAAUCACAAACCAUGGCGCUCAAGUUUCUGAGUGCGCACACCUCUCACUCAGGCUCAAGUAGCAGCGUCAAACACUUCGAUAUCCGCCUGGACAAUGACUACAUCGUGUUUCGGGGCAAUGAAGACGAGGCUGCAAGUGCCCAACUGUCGGGGUCUCUGGUUCUGUGCCUCACUGAACCUAUGACUAUCCACCACGUCGACUUGACUCUGAGCGGAAUCCUACAUAUGUCAUGGCAGACUACUUCCACAUCCUCCAUGUCAGGCAGGCGUACCACUUACAAGGAGAAGACCUUUUUCGAGAAGAAUUGGACGUUUCGAGACCCAGGGAAAGGCAAGACCGAAAUUUUACAACCCGACAACUACGAGUGGCCAUUCCAAUGCAUCCUCGAGGGUUCUCUGCCCGAAAGUGUGGAAGGUCUGAAGGAUGCGUGGAUUAUCUACCGCUUGAAGGCUGAAAUCAGUCGUAAGAGGGGGAGGGACAUUGUCAUCCGCAAACCUCUGCGCAUCGUCCGCACUUUGGAUUCGAAUGCCUUGGAACUUUCCCACGCAAUGUCUGUCGAAAACAUAUGGCCGAAUAAAAUCGAAUACUCGAUUAGCAUCCCCAACAAGGCGGUCGCCUUUGGGUCAUUUGUUCAAGUUGACUUCAAAUUAAUAUCUCUCUUGAAAGGUCUGGUGAUCGGCAAUGUCUCUACGCAAGUCAAAGAAGAGCAAGAAUUUGUCGUUGAUCCAGAAUGGGGAAUAUCCGCUCUGAACAAUGGCCUGACCAAGAUGGACAGAGUCAUUGCGUCGGAUCUUUACAAGGUCGAGCCUGAAAAGGAUGAGCAAAUCAUCGACGAAGUUGCCGAAGGCUAUCAAUUUUCUCGAUAUCUUGAGUUGCCCAAAUCUCUGAACCAAUGCUUACAGGACUGUAAUGUCAGAGGGAUCAAGGUUCGACAUAAAGUGAAAUUUAAUGUUCAGUUACACAACCCCGACGGCCACAUUUCUGAACUACGCGCCAACCUCCCGGUUUCGUUUUACAUAUCUCCCAGUCUACCUAUUAACGAAAACAACGAUCUGGUUGACCAAUCGCCUCAAGCCGGGAGGGCAGCUAUUGCUAACGAUUUGGCCAAUGCAGCGCCACCCGUGUACGGGAAGCAUACUUUGGAUGUCUUAUAUUCCGAUGUGGAUGGCUAUCGAACACCCGGAACCGCCCUGUCUACUCCUGGGACUCCGUACCUCCACAGUCGCCAUGCGUCCCAGGAAAACCUCGCGAGUCUGGCAGCAAUGGCCAAUGGAAACUACGUGUCACCAAUAGCUCUUCAGAGCAGGCUCCAGGAUCUUCGAGUGGGCGACUCCUUCAUCCAAGAUCUGCGUGGCAACGAAGACGGUGAAAUAAGUAAUCUAUCGCUACCAGCCGAUAGACGAUCUAGGCGGAACUCGUCGUCUACGACCAUGCCUGAAGAUUAUUUCGCACCACAUAGUGCAUCGGCUCCGAGCUCGUAUCCACGAAUUAGUCCUAUUGAUCAAGGUGCGUCUCCGGGCGGUCCUUCCCAUACACCUAGUCAGCCAGGCAGUCUCAUGAUUUCGCGCCGGACUUCUGAAGAAGAAGAAGAUGGUCACCAUUCUGGCACUAGGACGCCAUUCCCUCAGUAUGACCAUAUGGAGGAUCUGGCUCGCGUUCCUUCAUACACAACAGCAGUCAAGACACCUGCCCCGAGGAAGCAAUUUGACCCGUCGGUAUCCCUGCCGACCUACGGAGCUGCUGUUACGGACCCCAGCCCUCCGCCGUUAGCAGAGCCUCCGACCGCCCACCUUAGAACUUCGCCAAGGUUACCGGGCACCAUAACAGCGACCGCAAACUCACCGGAUUCACCCGUCAAUGGCGUUCCAAGAACGUCAAUAUCCCACCGAACUGUGAGUUCGAUCCAAGAUGACGAGAGAAGGUUGCGGAUGCUGCAACUGCGAGGGCGGUAG